AUGAUCGAGGAGAUCAGGGAGAUCCUGGAUGCGGCCAGCACUGUGCCGACUUUAGGUGUUCUUGACUAUGGAUUUGCUGGUGCUCUACUGGAUCAUGUCAAAGCAUCUCCUGAAGUAGACAUUCUGUCGGUUAUUGGCCGGGCAGAUGAUAAGCUCGGCGUAAGCUCGAUGGCUGCUCUACGAUUGCUCAUGAAGCAUAGAGUCCAGACCGAAGUGGUCGAGCCCAAUCUCGGGCAGACCUUUUUACUCUGA